UUCUCUCCCCCUCCCUUUUCUCCCGUGUCUUCUACUUAUUCCCUCUCUCUAUUCUUCUUCUUCUUCUUCCUCCUCCUCCUCUCUCUCUCUCUCUCUCUCUCUCUCUCUCUCUCUCGAUCGAUCGAUCUCGACUCGUCAGUUUGGUUUUCAUUGGGGAUUUGGGAGACGGGUUUGCCUCGGUAUUUUCUACUUUGCGUCUGUUUCUUUGUGAGUUUGGUUUUCUGAUUCGGAUAGGUAGGUCCUUCUUCGGAUAGUGUCUUUUCAAGGAUUUUCCAGGCCCUUCUUUUGGGUUUUCUAGGACUUCUGUUUUACUGGUUUUCCAGGGUUUUGAACUGAAAUUGGAGGUAUGUUUUGUGAUUUUCUAGAAGCUUUCUUGUUUUGGUAAUUUUCUUGGAAUAUUUGGAGAAAUGGCACUUGUGAUGCACAAAGAUUCGUCGGGAGCAACAACAGCAGCUGCUAAGCAAUUGGAUACAAGCAUGUGAACUAUACGCCCGAGCAGGUGGAGGCAUUGAAUAGGGUAUAUAUGGAGUGCCCGAAGCUGAGCUCGAUGCGUAUGCAGCUCAUAAUAGAAUGCCCGAUACUGUCAAAUAUCGAGCUGAAGCAGAUCAUGGUCUGGUUUCAGAAUCGAAGGCUUAUGACAGAUGGACAAUAUUUCUUUAAAUCAUAUGACGAGGUUUAUGAAAGUUUUGAUGUGAUGGGUUUGCAAGAGAACCUUCUUAGAGGAAUUUACGCCUAUGGGUUUGAGAAACCCUCAGCAAUCCAACAGAGGGAAUCGUUCCUUUCUGACUUGUAGUGAAUUGUGGAUUGUUGGCUACAUCCGGCAACUUUGCAGUUAGGUAUUUCAACACAGUAUAUUUUGGGAUGGAAAAUCAGCAAACAUAAUUAGCCAACACUUUGAUUCUAAAUUAAUACUUUUGAUUUGAUGAUUCUAAUCAUCUGCUUGGUUUGCUUCUUGCACUAUGACUUGCUCUUAGUUGUAUGAAUGAAUAAAUGGUUUGGACGGUCAAGAUUGUUUAUGGUACUGAUGUCCUACAUAGGUGAUAGCUUCAUUCGGAAAUUGUGAAUGGACAAAAAAUGCAUGCAAUGUGGACGGUGAAUGUGUGCAUGAGUUUUGUCUAUCACACUGUCCACAUUAAAAUGUGGGUUGAAACAAUGGGCUGGAAUAAGGCAUGCUAAAAUUGGAGCAGUGAUUGGUCCAUAAACCCUAUAUCAAAAUGGACCUUUGACCAGCCUUGGAUUUGUCCAUUUAAGGACUAUUUUAUGGCCAGACUUGGAUUUGUCCAUUUAUAUAUGUAUAACUACCUUUUUUGCUUACUAUACAUGUACAAAUUGUCCAUCGAAUUAAGCAGGUGGGUCUGCAAUUAUAUUGUAAGCAUGCAGUUUAAAAAAAAAAAAAAAAACGGAAGAUUAUUUUCUUCUAUUGUAAACAUGUAUUGUUGCCUUAGAUGCAUCAACAUCGCCUGCUUCAAGAGAUCUUACCUCAGAGUUUGGUUCCUGUAUUAAUCCAGGUCUCACAUUCACAUUUCCGUCAUGAGGCUCAGCCCACUCAUUACAACCACAAGUAGGCCUUCAAGAUGAGAGGCUGCUGUUACUUUAAGUCAAGGAUCAUAGAAUCAAGGUAACAGAGUAUUUAGGAUCAAAGACAAUAUUUGGGAUAUUAGGAUAUGUUUCUCUUUGAUUUGAUGCUUAUUUAUAUAUGGAUUGAAUGCCAAAAAAUAAAAUUUAAAA